CCCUAAUUUGCACCGUUGUCCACCUAUCUACACUAAUUGUUACUAUAUCAGGAGAGUUUAUGCCCCCGCAUAUCUCCACUAAGCGUUGCAAUACAAGCAGAUAGGCGGGGGAUCUUGUGCGAUUAGGAUACUCAUUUCGAUGGUUUAUUUCUGCUUGACCAAUAACAGGCUUGAUGCUGUCUGUAGCUUGACCCACCGUAGAAAUCAGUGAACCAAUGAAAUCGUGUCCCGCUUCGAGUCUCACUCAGCCUUGUAGAAUUUCCAUCAUCCCGCCUUUUUUUUUUUUUCAUUCUUAAACGCAUCCGACAUCUAGGAUUCCCGGAAACGGUCAAGAACAGCAACCAUGGCGGACGAUGGAAUGCUGCUCAAUUUUGAGGUUGGGGACGCACCUAUCAAAAGCCAAGUGAAGUUCAAAGGUGGCCGUUGGAGAGACCGGGUCCGCGCGCAGAAAAGUGUCAAGAAGUACGAUGCGAAGCAACAGCCCGACACUGGCGACCAAGAUAAGGACGACGGCGGGCAAUCCACUAGGCCCGCAAAGAGACAGAGGGUCGAAGAUGCUAGCAGAUCAGGGGAUUCCGGCUCCCACGGCGGGAACCGGGGCGAAUGGUCAGCGCCAGCCUUGAGGCCAGGCCAGGUCACGUCCAAGCUCUUCAGCUCGAACCCGACGGCAACUACGGUGUUUGAAGAUCAGCCGGUCGAAGAAAGCGAACCUGCGGAACCAUCCAAUGCACCUCUCUCAGAAGAAGUAGAGAAUUUCCUCGCCCUUGGCCUCUCGAGGAGGGUAGCACAGCACCUCUCUUCCAAAUUAGAGAUGAGGGCUCCGACAGCGAUCCAGAAAAACACAAUACCGCAACUGAUCAAGGAAGACAAUGACGCAUUCCUCCAGGCAGAGACAGGCUCCGGAAAGACGCUGGCCUACCUCCUCCCUAUCGUCCACCGGAUCAUGGCCUUGAGCCAGGCCACGGACGGAACCAGCACGGGAACGCAGAUCCACCGAGAUUCGGGACUAUUCGCGAUCGUCCUCGCACCUACAAGAGAACUCUGCAAGCAGAUAGCCGCCGUACUGGAGAAGAUUCUCCGGUGCGCCCCGUGGCUCGUGAGCACGACCGUGAUCGGAGGCGAGAGCAAGAAAUCCGAGAAGGCACGGCUGAGGAAAGGGGUCAACAUCCUCAUCGCCACGCCGGGCCGCUUGACAGACCAUCUGGAUCAUACCAAGAUUCUUGACGUGGGCACUGUGCGCUGGCUAGUCCUCGACGAAGGCGACCGCAUGAUGGAGAUGGGCUUCGAGGACGAUCUCAGAGUCAUUGUUGGCAAGAUCCGAAAGGACGCGCUGGUGAACGAGAGCAAGGACGGUGUUGUUCUGGGCGGCAUUUUGCCGUCCCGACGAGUCACGGUCCUAUGUUCUGCCACUAUGAAGAUGAAUGUGCAGAAGCUAGGCGAGAUCAGCUUGGAAGACGCUGUCCACAUCACCGCCUCGAAGUCGGAUGCCGAGCAUGACAAGGAGGCCGGGAUCGAGGACGCCGUUUUUUCGGCCCCUUCACAGCUGAAACAGGCGUACCUCAUCGUGCCGGCCAAGCUACGGCUGGUGACGCUCAUCGCGCUGCUGAAGUCGACUUUUGCUCGGCGCGGCUCCGUCAUGAAGGCGAUCAUCUUCAUCUCCUGUGCUGACUCAGUCAACUUCCACUUCGACUUGUUGAAGUCCACUGCGCCUAUCGAGCCACCUUCGCCCGAAUCUCCCACUCCGGCAGACAAGUCAUCAACGGAUAAAACUGUCGCGCCGGCGGCAUACAUCACAUCACCGGCCAACCCCACUGUCAUCCUCCACAAACUCCACGGUUCCCUCCCCCAACCCGUCCGCACCUCAACCCUGAACUCAUUCUCGACCUCGAAGAACCCGUCAGUCCUCAUCACCACGGACAUCUCCUCCCGCGGUCUUGAUCUCCCGUCUGUCGAACUAGUAAUCGAAUACGACCCCGCCUUCGCCGUUGACGACCACGUGCACCGGAUAGGACGCACAGCCCGAGCAGGCCGCCCGGGCAAGGCCGUGCUCUUCCUCCUCCCGGGCUGCGAGGAAGGCUACAUUGAGCUCCUCCGGCCCACCGCCCCGAUCGUCCCCCAGUCUUACGAUGCCAUCCUCCAGAAGGGCCUCGCCUCCCCCGUCGACCUCCCCGCCUCCCCAGCGGGCCCCUCGGAAGUCUCCGCCACACAGCCCGAUAAGCAAUCUUACACCACCCGCGCCGAGGCCCUCCAGCUACACAUCGAGAAGCGCCUCCUCUACAAGCCCGGCCCCGCCCCCGCCGCGGACGAACCACCAUCACCCGCAGCAGGCGGGCGCAAGAGCGGGGGGGCCAACCAAAACCAAAACCAGAACCGCAACCGCCGCUUCCAACCCCCCGUCCGCGACGACCCCCUCCUCGACGCGGCGCGCCUCGCCUUCCGGUCGCACGUGCGCGCCUACGCCACUCACGUGCGGCCCGAGCGGUGCUACUUCGACAUGACGCAGCUGCACCUCGGCCACCUGGCCAAGGCCUUCGGCCUGCGCGAGGCCCCCGGCGGCAUCGGCGGCGGCGUGUCGCGGCGGACGCACAGGCCCGCCGCCCCAGCCGGGGCGCAGAAGCGGAAGGCUCCUGCUUCUUCUUCUUCUGGUGGUGGUGCUGCUGCUGCUGGUAGGGAUGCAGAUGGUGACGAUGAUUUGGGUCGGACGGAUGAGGACGCGGCGAGGAGGAUGCGGGCCAAGAUGAAGGCUGUGAUGAGCGCGAGUAGCGAGUUCAAUAUCGGUUGAUUUGGGGAGGUUGUUGUUGUUCUUGUUGUUGUUGCAACUGACUGGUCGGGAAAAGAAAAAGGGGGACGGACGUGGUUGUUGUGUCAUGCAUGGAUUUAUACCCUUUUCAAGACAAACAGAACGCGGAUAUUGUUGUUUACAUCGCAUGGAGCAUAGAGAGGGCAUUAUCAUAGACGGCAAUCAAUUUCAAAAUCAGUGCAGCAGAG